GCGGUGUGUGUUGUGUAUUACACUUGAAGUUCAAUCCCAGGUAAAAAGUGGGCCCAGGUAUAAAAGCCCACUUCAUAGAAACAUUUCUCAGUUAGUUCCAGCAGCUGAAUUGCUUCACAUCUAUCCGCACCGAGUCGCCACAAGUCGAGCCCCAUUAAAACUCCAAGAUGAAGAUGAUACUUGCCCUUGUCGUCCUUGGACUGGUGCUGGUCGCCGCCGAGGAUAAGUACACCACCAAGUACGACAACAUCGACGUGGACGAGAUCCUGAAGUCGAACCGCCUCUUCGGAAACUACUUCAAGUGCCUGGUGGACAACGGAAAGUGCACCCCGGAGGGUCGGGAGCUCAAGAAGUCCCUGCCGGACGCCCUGAAGACGGAGUGCAGCAAGUGCAGCGAGAAGCAGCGCCAGAACACCGACAAGGUCAUCCGCUACAUCAUCGAAAAUAAGCCCGAGGAGUGGAAGCAGCUGCAGGCCAAGUACGAUCCUGAGGAGAUCUACAUCAAGCGCUACCGCGCCACCGCCGAGGCCUCCGGAAUCAAGGUGUAAGGCCGAUCCCGGUUCCGGAAACACACUUGGUUAUGUGCACUGUUAAUUAGGUCUACGUCUAUAUCUGAUCAUCAAAAUUAUUUCUACGAUCGUGCUCGGAAUAAAGAGAUUUGUUUUUUACCAUA